CAGUCCAUCGUGGGAGGGGAGUGGGUACACUCAACCAAACUACAUUAACGAUCUACUCGAUAUACCACUGUGUCACAAUUGUGUGUAAACUGUCUUCGGCAGAGUUGUGGACACUUUAUAUCAAAGCCUCCAUUCGAAGAGAUGACAUUUUGUUCUUAAUCCAUUAUUCAUUCACUUGAUGUCAGUGUCUCCGUGAAAACACCUACGUCAGACCCUUCCAUGUUAGGAUCGUGUGACGUCAUCAUCUGAGCAACAAGAUGGCUCAAGCUACGACGAGUAAGUUCGACUUCAAAAUGGAAAAGAGACAACACUCGGGAUCACUGAGCAGUCGUUCAUCCGAGGACUUUUCUGAGACUAGUUUUGAUGGUGAAACGGAAAGCCUAAUAGGUUCGGCGACACACCAGUUAGUGUUAUACGCUAUGACGAAAGGACACACCAUUCAUAGUGUAACACACAUGCCCCCUCACCAGUUGUCGGAGUUUCUCAGAGAUUUUUAUGGUAAGGUCAGGACCAAGCUCGAGGAGGGUCCGGUCAGAUCAACUGUCAGUUUGAAAGAUAUCAGGCUCGGUCUACAGAAAUAUUUCAUGAAGGAGACCGGCUUGGACAUUGUCAAAGACAAAAGUUUUGAAAAUGCCAACGCGUGUUAUGAGAUGGCUGUUAGAAUGGGGCCACGCAAGUGUCAUAGACUUAGAAUAGAAAUGGAUGAUUUGAGGAAAAUCUAUUUCAGUGAUGCAAUGAAAACCGACAACCCUGAAACACUACAAAAUAAGGUGUUUUUCGAUGUGAAUUUAUACAUUGUCAACAGAGGGAAAGACUGUAUGAGGGCCAUGACGAAAAAUGAUUUUGUGGUGUCGACAGAAGUUGACGGAAGGAAAAGUGUUUGGUUAAAAUACCACCCUAAGUUCAACAUCAAGGAGAUGGGUGGCUACGGUGAUGUAGAUCAUACUGGAACAAGGCUAGGGGAAAAGAUGCUGGAAAGACCAGGAGAUCCUCGUUGCCCUGUAGCAUCAUUCUUGAGGUACCUGACCCAUCUCCAUCCCAUGACUGAAGCGUUCUGGCAACGUCCUAAGCGGAGUGUAUCCCAGUCAGAUUAUGUGUGGUUUGACAAUACCCCACUGGGUAACUCCACCCUGAGUAAAAUCAUGCAGAGGAUAUCAAUAUCAGCUGGAGUUAAGGAAAACUACACAAACCACUCGAUUCGUCCAUCGUACAUUCCUCUUAUUGAAACAAUAUGCACAGAUGCAUUGAACAUUGAGCGAACUGUGCGAGUGCCCAGUGUGUUGUCACAAGAUGAUUCAUUUGCUGAUGAUAAUUCGCUAGGAGACAGUUCGUCGCUAGAUUCGGAGUCCCCUGAUGACGACCCAGUGGAUGAGAGCGUUGUUGGUUUGAGAUCGGCAAAGAUGAAGGUUUUAGAGUUAAUUCGUGGCCUACUUGUGAAGGACAUCAAGAAAUUUGCUGACUGGCUGAAAACUGUUCGAGUGGAAUACCACCAAGGAGAGUUGAUUGUCUUGUGUAGCCCGGUCGACCAGGAAGAGGUGGCAGUGGAAGGGAUGAAUGGUCAAGGGGCAGACAACUCUCAGAGCAAAGUCAGUGAUCAAGAAAUGACCUCAAUAAAAGAGAAGUUCAAACAAAAUGGACCUGGUAAAUUCUCAUCUGCCAGUUUGGAUUCCCCCAUGCAGAAGAAAAAUGAAAAAUCAGCACGAAGCGACAAGCAGGACAGUUUAUCAUUCAUGCAGGGAAUUUCCAUAAAGCAAGUUGAAUUUGACUCGGUUGGCGGAACCCACUGCUCUGCAAGUGAUAUCUCCCCGCUAAAAGUGACCAUUCCCUCAACAGAUGCACUGCUUGUGUCUGGUUUGAGCGAGAACAUGCAGCUGUUACUACACAAGAAAUCUACCAAGGAGCAACAACCUGUGCAGGAGAAACUACCAGACAGAAUAUUCUACUCUGAGAAUGACAUGGAUGUUGCUGAGAUUGCUGCUCUCCUAGGUGCAUGUGACAGUCUUAAAAAGAAUCCUGACAAAUCCGAAUCAGCGGUGGCUGAAAUCAGUAAGGCUCUGCCCCAUGCUGGUACGAGAAGCCCGAACCUAAAAGCAGACUCGAUGCCAGAGAUGAGGAGUGGCGCUGUUAACAUUCAGAACACAACUUCCUUUUGCGGAGAAAACAAGUUGAUAACUAUCGGUGACAAUAAGCAGUCAUCAUUGAAACCAACCAGUCCAGCGUUGAAGAGACAGGCCCGGGUGGAAUGUGCGGAGCCCGCUUGUGACGAGCCUCUGAAGAAAAGACUUUGUAGUAGUGCUAGUGUACCCACUGGAGCAGACCAUGGAAUGGCGUACCCCAACUCUACCAACAUUCCGAAACCACCAUUGCAGUUCAGACCAGCCUCGUUAGAUUCGUCGCCACUUAUGAAGAAAAAGAGAGUGCGCUUUGGCAGUGGGGUUCAGACGAUAACUGUAAAAGCUGAACCGGUAUCAUGAAAAUGGAGGCAACGUUUGUUGGGUUUUAAUUCUCAUAUCACUCGCAAGUGAUAUUUUGCCUCACGGCAAGCCAGUUUUGCAGCAGUUGUGCUGAUACGCCAACGCAACCCUGUAUAUUGUAGGGGUUUGCAGGUGGAGAUGAGCGGAGGGCGACAACUAAGCCCAUUUGAGCUGUUACCGUGGAGAUGAGAGAGGAGAAUUGUGGGUAAAAGAGCCCAUGUGUUCACAGGUGUCUUGUGUUCAGAAAGUCAGCUAGUUGACACAAAGAUGACAUGCAAUUACAUCCGGUGAUUAUGAUGUUUAAUAUGUACAUAUGGGAUAUAUCAUAGAAUGUUGUGAUAUAUGAUUGUACAUGAAGUCACACCUUGAUGAGUGCUUUUGUUCCAUCAGUGGUACAUUAGCUACAGGUGGAUUAAUAUGUGUAUAAUAUGUGUGUUGUGUAACCACAUAGUGGAUGAUGCUAGCUUUCUUUGCUAUACAGACACCAGGUAUCUGAAAUGGUACCAAUAUUUGUCCAUUUUGACAUUUUUUAAUAUUGCUAAUUAUUUAUAUAAAUUUAACAGGAACAGAGUUAAGAAAUGCAUCUGUAUAGUGGGUUAUUUCUGAAUGUUGUUCGUGAAAAGGGGAGGUAAUCCUUGGCACUGUCCAUCCUGCACAUAACAAUAUUGUAUGGAUACAACAUUUUGGUAAAUGUGUUUAUUUUUUGUUCCUAUGAUUUUCUGUUGGUAAUCCUGAUGUGUGCUUGAAUGAGACCAAGGUUUGUUGUGUACGAUAAGAUGGACUAGCAGAAAGCAGGAGGGACUUACCAUAUUUUGUUUGUUAUGGAUGAAACAACCCAAAAUUUAUGUUUUGUUAACUCGGAUAUAAACAUGAUGUAAGUUAUAAUUACCAUGUUAAUAUAUUUGGUCUCAAGAUAUACUUUAGAUGCUGUCAUAUAAUUUUUUUUUAGUGGAGUCUGAUGUUUGACAUUUUAUUUGUUAAUAGUAUUGUCUAAAUUAUCCAUAUUGAUCUGCUUUUUAGAAUUCUUAAUCAGUUAUCAAUACGUAAUCUUUUAGCAUGUUUAGUGCAGACUUAAGUCUUUGGUUACAGAUUAGGGGGGUUAGUUCACCAUGAUAUUAAAUAAUAUUCUGCUAGCUCUGUUUGUCAUAUAUUGUCUAAAGACAGGAAUUCAAAGUUUUCAGAAUGUUUUUGAAAGAGCUGUUGAAAGAUUUGAAUUUGUUAAGCUUGAUAAGUGCUGUAUUUAUUAACAACCAUUUGAUUUAACAUUUUUUCAACCUUUUGAACAAGUUUGUCAUUUAACAGAAUUAACAAGUAAACCAGUUCAGUUCAUUUGUUUAGGACACGUUGCAGUGAUGUGACCAUGCGCACCAUAACAUAUAUAAGUCAUGUUUUAGUAUUUUUCUCUAAUUAUGUAAUCAAAAAUUGAAUUUGAAGUUUUUCCCUAGAUGAACAUCUGAAAAUAGUCCAGGUCUUUUCUCAGUAUCGUAUUUGGCCUCUGAUGAUUUGAAUCAGUGGAUGCAGUUGUUGCUAUGGUGAUGACAGUUUCGGGAAAUGUUCUCACCUGCAUUUAACUUACCUGAAUCAGUGGAAUAGAAAUCCUAUUUAUUUUAAGAUAUAUCAGAAUAUAGGUGUAAUGUAAUUAGGCAGUGCAGAAAACAUAAACCCACAUUUUCUUUGCGUUAUUUGACUGCAUACAGUACAACUUGGUAUCAUUCUUUAUGUCCAUGCAUUUACUUUUAUUUAUAGUUUAGUGGUUUUUGUAAGGAUGUUGCUCGGAUGAAGUAAUGCUGUACAGAUUUGACACAUUAUCCAGUUACGUUAUUACUUGGUACUAUCGUCUAUGGCAGUAAUGGCACCGUUCAAUACCAACCAAAGCCAUAAUAUCACCAGUUACUUGAUUUCUUAUACUACUUAAAAGAUGUUAGGGACCACCUGAUGCUUUCAUGUUAGUCUGUUGUGGCAGUGAGUGGUUCUGAACUGCCUUGAGAGGUUGAUAACAGUAUGAUAGAAUUAGGUGUUCCUUAACGUCUCGUGAGUAGUAUGCAUGUAGAUCUGCCUGACCUAAGUGUGGCCUCUCAAGCCUAUGCAUUAUAUCCAUCCCGGUUGAGUAGCCCAGAGAUUUUGUGUGUUGCUUACCAAACCAUACGUCCUAGUUUGGUUCCCGUAAUUGGUCAGUGUGGGAAAGUUGGUGAUGUAUGUUCUGACCCUCUGUGAUAAGAAUGUAGAAAGCUGGUGUUGGUUUAACUUAGUUAAAUUGAACAUUGCUGUGUUUACCAUAAGGUAAUGUUUUGAUAUCUUCUUCUUGAACACAAUUUGCUUGUGCAUUUUGGUCACUCUUCAGGGGUUAUAUCUGCACGUACCGAAUAACGAGAAAACGAAAACAUUGUAUUAAACUUUGAGGACGUGUAGUUUUCUUGUACAUUUAAAAAAUAUGGUAACAUUCUGGAUGAUAGUGUUGUGAAGGUGAAUUCUGAGGUUCAUCGUUAAUACUUUAUUGACUUCAUGGGGCGGUCGGGUAGCCCAAUGGUUAAAGUGUUCGCUUGUCACGCUGAAGACCCGGGUUUGAUUCCCCAAGUGGGUACAAUGUGUGAAGCUCAUUUCUGGUGUCCCCUGCCGUGAUAUUGCUGGAAUAUUGCUAAAUGCGGCGUAAAACCAUACUCACUCACUCUCUCACUGACUGACUUCAUGCCUCAUGAAUGUAAUAGGUGUCAUACAUUUGUUCCUGUUGGAGGAGUAUGGUGUAUACAAGCCAGUAAAGUAUUGAUAUAACCCCGACCCAAUCCUUUUAACCCUACAUGUCAAUAGAAGGGUCAUAACGGGGCUAGGUCUGGCUGGGGCUAGGUCUUAGCGAUCUUAGCCUUAUCACAUAUCUUUAGUGCUAUAUUAUUAAAUGGCCAGCAAGAGUCGAAAUGCUAAGAUGGUUUUGUUGGGGUCUAUGGCUGAAUGUCUGUUGUUGUGGUCUGUGUCCAUUCAACAAUAUGGUCUUAGUGCUUAGUUACGACUGGCUUACCCGGAAGUCGUAAGUACCUACUGGAUACCCAUCCGCCAUGUUUGUUUCAUACUAACAUAGCAGCACGGAAUAGAGGGACUUCUGAUGUAAUGAUGCUCAAACAAGAAGAAAAUAUGGUUAAAUACAAUUAAACUGCAAAAUAGAAUAUCAAAACAAUUCACAAACAUUGGAAAUUGGACAUGGAAGUUCAAGUUUCAACAUGGCGUGUGGCAAUAUCAGAGACAUCCAUCGUAGACACAAUUCAACAAAUACAGAGUAUUUUUUUUAACUUUGGAAACUAAAAAUGAAUUUAUGACAGCAGAUAUUUGAGACCCUGAAACUCCGAAAUUUUCAUGUAUGGAGGCAAGAAACGUGGAAACUAAGGAUGGGCUCAUGCAAAUUCUUUAUCAGUAUGGUAUUCUUGGUAUUACAAAAUGAAUGCAAGAUGUCAUGGUCAAGCUGAUGUUUGAAGUAAACACUCGCUGUUGGUUGAACAGCCCCGUAAAGAGCCUAGUCUGGGGUCAGCUAGAGGUCCAUGUUCACCAGCCACCGUCACGCAGCAAUCGUCCACCCCACACAUCUUGUUUUGUCAGCAAGUGAAUAUUUUUACAUUGUUCAACUUUCAGUCUUGUCUGGCCAUUUUGUUUAUCACCGCAGAAGUCAAAUCAACUGAUCAUGACCAUUUUUGAGUUGUAUUUAUUUCAGUCAGUCUGAAAUAGGUAUGACAACUUUGUUCAUUGAAAUCCAUGAAUUUUAAUCAUCUUCUUACAAGUUACUCAUAUUAAGAUGUUUGACUGCAAACAACAUGUCUUCUUCCUGGUUCUCUGAGAUAGUUGGGUGUCAUGUAUGUCCACAGUGGAACAAAGACAUAUUGGCUUGAAAUACUGGCAUUUUUUACACACAUUGCUUUGAUGGUUCUAAAAAGUAGGGUUAAAACUUGGCCUGUAGAAGCACUGUGCAAACCCUUAUGUGAGUGUGUCAUUUCCAAGCAGGUCUGUGAUGGCUGAUUCCGUCAUAGUCUUUUGGAAAAAAGGCAGGAAGAGGUACAGGUCUUUGAAAAAGCCAAAGGCUGUAUAAACCUGAAUUUGUUCAAUAAACAAUUCACAAUAGUUGGGGGUAUUAAUAGGAUGAAUAUAAAUACACAAAGGUUUUCAAAUGAGAAGUGACCCCUUGUUAUUCUAGCCUUGAAACUCAAUUCUAAAUACAUCUUGCUAUACCUCCUGUAGACUUUACAGAUUUCGACGCCAGAAGCUACUGCUCAGUAUGUUAUGAUUCUUCUAAAAAAGGGGUUUUCGACUAAAGAGGUUAAUACUUCAUAAUGAUCAUUAUUGUUUGUCAAUGGGCACUUCUUAGCUUUUGCAAAUAAUAUUGAAAAACAUAUGUAAUUUGCUAGGUGUACAUUUAUGGUUUGGGGAAGUGAAAGGAUUCCUUGGGGUUUAUUGGUGUCAUAAAUUAAAGCAGUUAUUGGUGUAAGAUGCCAAAGUUAGGUCGGUGUACAAUUGUUCUGUGUUUCACUGUGGACUGAUAGAAACUAGCUGGGCCAGUGUGGUUCUGAGCUGUUGGACUGAGUCCUCUCAUUCAUUACUUUUUCAGUUGUUACAAAUAAACAAUUUCUUUAUAAUG